CCUCCAAUUAUAUUUUUUUAAACCCUGUCAAGCUAUAAAUGCUUUUCUUACCCCUAUCAAACCUAAUUCAGUUCCAAACUCAUUUCUCCUAUUCACAGAGCUUUCUCAGCUAGCUUUCCUUGGUAGAGAUUCAUGGAAGGGUUCAAGAUUCCCCAAUUGAUUGCAAUAAUAUCGGUUCUUCUAGUCAUUUCAGUGAAAGGGCAAAUCAGCACACCAUGCACCAGCUCAAUGAUCACCAGCUUCACCCCCUGCAUAAAUUACAUCACUGGAAGUAGCAGCAAUGGCAAAUCACCAACUGCAAGCUGCUGCAAUGCAUUGGCGUCUCUGACGAGCACAAACAUGGAUUGUGCUUGUCUAAUAAUAACGGCUAGUGUCCCUGUUCAAGUCCCAAUUAUCCGUACACUAGCAAUCUCUCUCCCCCGAGCAUGCAACAUGAGUGGUGUGCCAUUACAGUGCAAAGCUUCUGGCACUCCUUUACCAGCCCCAGGUCCCGUCUUGCUAGGGCCAACUCUUCCACCUCCAGCUGCUGCUGCUCUAAGUCCACGAGCUUCCAAAGCAGUGGCACUAGCUCCAGCACCAGCAUCUGAAACCACCCUUCCGUUGACACCACCAUCCCCACCAGUGCAAAUAAUGGCUCCCCCAACAACUACAGGGAUUCGACCUGUGCUAUACCCCUCAGCAUCAAUGCCUUCUCACAUUGCUCCGCCAAUUUCUCUGCUUCUAUUUAUAUCAAUCAUGGUUUUGAAAUGCUAUUAAAUAUUUUGCUACGUUUUUGACAUGGCAUUUCUUAGUUCUGGGUUCAAGUUAAAUCUGGUUAAAAUCAGCUUAUUGUCAUGUCAUCCAAGAAAAAAAGGCCAGAGAUGAAGGGGGAAAAUAUUCAAUGUCAAUUAAUUAUACACUUUUUCACAAAGAAAAAUCACUUGAUUGGCUGUUA